UUCCAAAUUUUAACAACAACCCACAGUCCAAUUUCAUCAAUUUCGAUUCAAUUCUCCAAAAGAUAAUUUUUUUUAAAAAAAAAACUAAAAAUGGUGAAACCCAAUGGAAAAGAUUCAUCUGAAUAUUCACCAUCGUCGUCGUCGUCUUCAUACAGGGGAGUAAGGAAGAGGAAAUGGGGGAAAUGGGUAUCGGAAAUUAGAUUACCCAAUAGUAGAGAAAGAAUUUGGUUGGGUUCUUAUGAUACGCCAGAAAAAGCUGCUAAAGCAUUCGAUGCCGCACUUUUUUGUUUGCGGGGUAAAACUGCUAAUUUCAAUUUCCCGGAAAAUCCACCGGAUAUACUGAACGGAAGGUCUAUGACUCCGUCGGAGAUUCAAUCAGCGGCGGCACAGUUUGCUAAUAAUACAGAUUCGGUUCUUACCCGGGUCGGGCCGAGGGAGAGGGAGAGUUCGGAUCUUUCUUCUUCGUCGUCGGAAAUGUUUCGGGCGGAAUCUCCGUCGGUUUCGGUUUCUGAUAGAGUGGAAAGGGAAAAGACGGAAUUGUCCUUGGAUAUGGAUAUAUUUCGGGCGGAAUCUCCUGUUUCCGGUAGAGUGGGUAGUGAAAAUACGGAAUUGUCCUUGGGUAAUGGAUUUAUGGACAUGUUUUCGUCGUUGGGGACGGGUAAUAAUAUGUCCAAUUUCGGUAUUUUUCCGGGUUUCGAUGAUUUAUCGGGUGAAUUUUUCGUACCACCAUCGCCACCACAAAUGCCUAAUUUGGAAUCAUUAGAAGAAGAGAAUUAUUUAAAUUAUGAUGGAUUUCAAUCACAAGGACCUUCGUUUCUUUGGAAUUUUGAAGAUUAAAAAUGUUACACUAUAUUAAUAAUGGUUAGUAUAAAGUUUAAUAUAAGAUUAGAAGUAACAAUAAGUAUUAAGUAGAAUUGAAUUGUAAAACUUUAGUUGUUGGUUUUGUAGACAAUUCUAGACGUUUUUUUGGGUUGCUAGAAUUGCCACAGCAUAUGUGACUUUCUAUACAUAAAAGAAGAUGUAAUUUUUUUAUUAAUCAAUUUGAUAAUCAUUCUUAUUAAAUUAGAGUUAUGCUUGAUCAA